CACGAGCUUGUACGAGGAGCAAUUCUUUUUGUGUUCAUCCUUUUUUCUUAGUUUUUUUUUCCGAGUCAGAAAACAAAGGCUUUGGGCUGAGAGCUGUUGUUGACAGGAAGUACUUUUAAAUAACCCAUGCUUUCGCGCUUGACUUCAGACGUGACGUGUUUGGACUCAAACUGCUCAGUGAGCUAUUGAAUUCCGUGUGGAACUACGAGCUUAAACGAAUAGAAACCUAGAGUAAUCGUUAAAGUUUUGAAAACUAUGGAGCCGAACGACGUCGAAGAAGAGAAACCUCGACCUGUGAAGUUUGAAACAGAAGUUAAGAACAGCAUAAGACAUACUUUUGAAGCCCUACAAAACUCAAAUGUUAGGGAUUCCUUAGCAGGCGAAGUUGACAAAUCUAAACUUCAAGUUCUCUGUGCAACUAUAAGUAGAGAUUUAGGAGUCCCUUAUUCCGCUGAUGACUUGAAUUCAAAAUUCAAAGAAGAGAAGAAACGUCUUUCCUGUGCCGAAUUUGUGGAGUAUUUAGAAGAAUAUCUACUGCCUAAAGGAAGUGAAAAGCUAGAUGUCUCCAAACUCCACAAGCUCUGCUGGUGGUUAGUCAGUCAAGAAUUCUUCAAAAAAGAAAAUCACACAUUAACAGAAGAUGAUGCUUACAAACAAUGGCUGAUAUUCAACACUCUAGAUAUUGAUGAAACAUCCAGGGUACAUAAAGAAGAAUUAGGGCUACUCUUGGAGAAGGUGUCUCAUGCCAUUGGGAAGAUAUGGAAUCCAGGCCUGUUGAAUGAAUCUUGCGAUGAAGCCGAGGAGCUGACAUUUUGGCAGUAUUUGGAAUGCCUGGAAAAGGUUUACUUGGCUGGUACUCCCAGAAGUAUUUUCCUAGAAGCACUGGAAGAGAUCGUGGAUUAUGUUGUCAACGAGAUCUUAAUGCAAGGUUACCUCAUCAAGAAAGGUCACAUGGUCAGGUCUUUCAAGAAUCGCUGGUUCGUGCUCAAACCAGGACUUCUUUCUUAUUACGCCCAGCGCGCCUGCAGCAAUGAAAAAAAAGGCGAGAUYGUUAUUGACCAGAAUACCAAGGUUGCUGCCAUCCCAGACUCCAAGAAAUAUCGCUUUAGCGUUACCUGUGGAAAGACGAAGACUAAUUACGAUUUGGAAGCGAGAGACCAAAGAACUAAGCAAGAAUGGUUGGUGGUUUUACAAAAAGCUAUAGAGAACRGUGGAGGGCAAAGUGUCCAGAGGAAGGAAAGACUUCAAAGAAGACUAGAAAGGAACGACAGGAGACUAGCCAGACUUGAGGAAGAAAGAAAGAAGAGAGAUCAAGAAAACUUGUUGUUAGAACAGCAAAAGGAGUUGGAGAUGCUUAGGCAGAAAUAUUCAGAUGCCGAAGCACAUGCGUUACUUGAAGCUGAAAACUUACAAGAAGAAAUCAGAAGACGCGAAGAAUUAGAAAACCUCCACUUAGAACUGCAACACCUUCUGCUAGCAGAAAAAGAGGCUCGAGAGGCAGAGGCGAAGGCGAGAGCGUUGCAGGAAGAAUUGUUGGCAAACGAGAAGAAACGUUUGGAAGAGAUGGAGAGGAUGAAAAUGGAAAAGGAACAAAUGUUGCAAGAUGAGUUGAAGAUGAGAGAAAGUCUGGAGGAGAGGCAGAAACUACAGGACAAACUCCUCGAAGAGGAGAGACGGCGACUUGAAACCCUGGAAAAAGAGCGCCAGGCUGCUGAACAAGCAAUGAAAGAAGCAAACGACAAACUAGAAGCUGCACAAGAAGCAUCUAGAAAGGCAGCUGAGGAAGCUAAGAAAAAAGCCCGCGAAAUCAAAACUUGCACUGGGCUUGCGCGUCCAGUAGGGCCGCAUAAUCCCUCCUUUAUAACCCACAGAGGUAUUGGAGCAUUUUGCAAGGAAGAUUUCUCAAAAAUCAACAAACGGCAGAAAAUCCCACCAAGUGUUAUGCCUAAACCCAAAAGAGCGCUUACAGAUGGAGAAGCACAGGAAAACGGAGCUCAGCUAGAGGAAAAUGAUACCGGUGCUGCAGCUGACACUGGCGAAGUAGACGAAAGUGAAAGUAAGAAUGCAGAAGCUCAAGAUGACAUUUCCAAGCAGAAUGAUGAGCAACAAAAGGAACUGUGUUUCGAUGAACCUGAAAAUAACGAAGAAACACCAGAGAUUAAUUGUGAAGAUGAUGUUGAAAAUUCCAAAGGAGAAGUGGUUGCUGAAAGCGAAACCAAGGCGGAAAAUAUUCCCUCUAAUAAGUCAGAGGAAAAAGUUGAGGUUACAGAAGUUAGUGAAGCAGCUCCACAAGGCGAGGCAACUGAUAACGCGGAAGAAAAACAAGAUACACAAGCUGGCGAAGUAACACCGCAAGUUAACGCCAUUGAAUGCCUUGAAAAAGAACCAGAACUACAAGCUAAAGAAGAAACAACACAAGAAAACGCCAUUGAAUGCCCUGGAAAAGAACCAGAAACACAAGCAAAAGAAGAAACACCACAAGAAAACGCCAUUGAAUGCCCUGAAAAAGAACCAGAAACACAAGCAAAAGAAGAAACAACACCAGAAAACGCCAUUGAAAGCCCUGAAAAAGAACCAGAAACACAAGGUAAAGAAGAAACAACACCAGAAAAUGCCACUGAAUGCCCUGAAAAAGAACCAGAAACACAAACAAGUGAAGCAAAAACUGAAGGACAAGCAGAUAGUGACGCGGCAAACGAGGUUGAAGCUGGGAAGAUAGAAAGUACUGCAGAUGAAGAAAGCAAAAAGGAGCAUGAUGAAACAACGAAAACAGAAAAAUCUGAAACAGUGGAUGAUUCAUAGAAAAUUAAGAUAAAACCUUCAUUGUAAAAUGCAGGAAGGACCAAUUGUAUUGCGAUUAGUAUUGUUUGUAGGCCGGGAAAAGUUCCUGCCAAGAUUUACUGUGGACAUGACAAGCAAGUCGGAAAUGGGAUUUCCCGCCAAUAUUCAUCUCGACGUGAAAUGUCAAGUGAGUUUUCCCGCCAGAACUUAUCUUGCUUAUACAAAUGAAGCGAGUUUUCCUGCCAAAAUUAUUUCAUCCCAGCAUUUUAGCGUUGAAAAUUUCCGGUGUUUGAGAAGAGUGGUGUUUACAACAUAAACAAAUACAUAGUCAGGGCCCGAGGAAAUUGCCUUCAUUGUCAACUUGGUUUCUUAGCGAAAAGAGCAGAAAAUAAUAAAAAGAACUUGAGCGUGUAUCGCGGUAAAUUUACUACAACAUGAAGAUCAAAUUGUGGUUUAUUUAUUGUUUAUUAUUUUAUUAACAUUUUUUUAAUAUGACGUUUGUAAUGAUUCAUGACUAGCCAAUCACGAGAAAUACCUUGAUGUCCUCAUCAGCCAACAUUUUCUAGAUCAAGUUAUUUUUAACAUCAAUUUUUCAGGAAAUUUCCAGGAAAUAAAAGGUUUAAAAUCUAUUUAUUUUCGAGGUAUUGGCUGGUCAUUUGUUCUAGACAGUAUUGGUAUACUUUCCUCUGAUUGGUUUAUUUGGCGUGCUAUAAUUGGCUGCCUCAUAAUUAUACAAGACUGAAUAACCUGAUCUGCAAAUGCUAGCUGACUUAGUCAGAGAUGUAAUUUGAGACGUACAGACUCCUCUGUGCGUUUUGUUUGUGUUCAUAUGAUACGUGACUGCCGUCAACGUGGUUGGGUUGAGCAAGUGAUCUAUUUUUCCUUUCUUCCUUUCCUCUCUUUUCUCUUUUUCCCACUAAUUCUCUAGCUAUCUCUCUCGCAUCAGCGUCCACUUGCUUUCCAUCAACCAACAUGGCUGCCAAUUUUAUUCUGAUUACAUCAUUAAUUUCAAACCAAAAAAUCCUCUAUGAUUGAGUUCUUCUUGGAAAGAGUUCUAAUUAAUGAAAAGCAAAUGUCACAAUACUAGAUGUGGCUCUUAAUUAAAUUGCUUCCACAGGGGGAAGUAUAACGUUCUUUUAAAUAGCCUGCGUAACGGCGCUUUGAGGAGGGGAGAUGGGAGGGGAAGAAGAAAGGAGAGGGGGACUGGGAAGGAGGGAAGAAAAGUCCCCCCACCUCGCUCCUCCCCCUCCUUCUAUCCAAAUCACCCCUACGCACGCUAUAACUUUUAAACUGUGUUUUCUUUCACGCAGAUAUAAAUUUGAAUAUAUAGUGCAACAAGGGGCUAUUUUGCAUGAGCAUGCGCGCAAUCCCUGAACCGCAAGAACCUUAUUGAGGUAACUUUGAACUCGAAUAUUUCAUAAACAGAAAAGUUUAUUGACAAA